UCGUGCGUGCCGGCGAAGCGCGCGGCGAUACUCCCGAAGAAGAGCAAGGCGGAGCCGAAAAACACGCUCGUCCUGGACCUGGACGAGACUCUGGUGCACAGUAACCUGGAAGCCACGGAGGACGCGUGCGAUUUCUCGUUCCCGGUGACGUUCAACAACCAGCAACACAUCGUGAACGUGCGGAAGCGGCCGUAUUUGCGGGAGUUUAUGGAGUUUGCCGCCGCGCGGUUCGAAGUCGUCGUGUUCACGGCGUCGCAACGCGUCUACGCCGAGCGUCUCCUCAACACGAUCGACCCGGAAAAACGGCUGAUCAAGCACCGUUUAUACCGCGAGAGCUGCGUCCUCGUGGAGGGCAACUACAUGAAAGACCUCUCCGUCCUCGGGCGGGAUCUCUCGCGGACGAUCAUCGUGGACAACUCGCCGCAGGCGUUUGGGUUUCAAGUCGACAACGGCGUCCCGAUCGAGUCGUGGUUCGACGACGUGUCAGAUCGACAGCUCCUGAAGCUGAUGCCGCUGCUCGCGCGUCUCUCCGAGGUGAGCGACGUCCGGCCGCUGCUACGCGGGAAGUUUAACCUGGGGGAUAGGAUCGAGCGCGCG